UUUGAUAAUAAACCUUAUACUCUUUUACCUGAACUUGAAAAAUAUCGAAAAGGAGAAAAGCCAUUUACUGAACGUGUUAACAACCAGUUUAAUAAUAAUAUUAUGGGUUACUGGGAAUAUUGUACUACUUCAGCAAAAGAAUUAGAAAUUGAAUUAUCAAUUAAGCAGUACAAGCAAAAUAAUGUUGCCUUAUCAAUACUCAAAGAAAAUGAAAGCGAUGAUGUGUUUAUAGUGGAUAAUGAUUCAGAUGAUAAAGCAGAAGAAGUUAAUGAAGAAAAUGAAUGGGUUAAUAUGAUCUCUGAAGAAGAAGAGGAUGAAAUUGAUCUUACUGUAGGUGAAGAUAAUAUAGAUCGAAUUAUUUGUGAUACAGAUCAUCUGGCUAUCAACAAUGAUGCAAAGUGA